AAACAAUUCUUCUCUUAAAUUACUUUUGCCCUUACCCUCGGGGUACUCUUUCAGGGCAACAAGAGUGCGAGACGAUCAUCGUUUCCCAAAUUCGAGCACAGGGUACUUACUUGAGGAGAAGCAAGAGGGGACAUCGGUUUCUCUCCAAAAUCAACGAGCUUAGACCUACUCUAUAUUUCCAGCAGAUUAUAGAGAAUUCACAGAUAAUAUGAAUAAAGCUUCAGCAGGGUCCUCCUCCAAAGUGAAAGAGGGUUCAUCCCAUCCAUCAGAAACCUCAUUCAAGCGCAAAAGAGGAGUUUUUCAGAAAGAUUUGCAGCAUAUGAUGUAUGGUUUUGGAGACGAUUCUAAUCCAUUACCAGAGACUGUUGCUUUAAUGGAGGACAUUGUGAUGGAGUAUGUGACAGACAUGGUGCAUAAAGCUCAAGAUAUUGCAUCAAAGAGGGGAAAGCUAUUGACCGAAGAUUUCUUGUUCUUGAUUCGAAAAGAUCUGCCGAAGCUAAACCGUUGUACAGAGUUGUUGUCGAUGAAUGAAGAAUUAAAACAAGCGAGGAAAGCUUUUGAUGUGGAUGAAGAGAAGUUGGCACAGCCAGAUUGAUAUAACAGGAUGUACUGUGUUUGGAAUGUGUUUGGAAUAUACUGUGCUUGUGUUUGGCGUAUACAGAAUGUACCUACUUUUGGCAAUUGCUAUAAAGAUUUCGAAAUGAAGAUUUUUUUUUAUUAAA